AUGGUGGAGCCGGUGGGUUUCAUUGAAGCGUGGAAGGCGCAGUUCCCAGAGUCAGAGCCCCCCAAGAUGGAGCUGAGGUCUGUUGGUGGCAUUGAGCAAGAACUGGAGAGGUGUAAAGCAUCUAUUCGGAGACUAGAACAAGAAGUAAAUAAAGAGCGCUUCCGGAUGAUCUACCUUCAAACUCUUCUGGCAAAAGAACGAAAGAGUUAUGACAAGCAGAGAUGGGGUUUUCGAAAGACCCCUGUGGGUGAGGGCAUGGACGCAGCCACUAACCAGGGAGCAGAAUGCCAGUCCCAACAGCCACAUGUGCAGGAGACAGGGAUGGUCGGUAUGGGUGUAGGAGGAGGAGGUUACAGCACUGUGGGACCAAUGGAGAGGAGCCGCUUCCAGCCUGUAAGUGAUGGAACUAGCAGGGCCAAACCUCGGCCCCCACCAGCCAGAAAAUCAGCAUCCCAUGGAGACGGACUGGAGUCAGCCUUCGACGUGCCCACACAGGUUGAAUCCACCUCUUGUGACAACUUAGACGGGCUUUCUCCAUCUAAACAAAGAGGCGGAAUCACAGUCUCACCAAGAAGACCAGUGCUCCCACCUCCAGAUAAGGAACUGCUCAUGGACCCGAAGGAUAAGCUGGGCAUGGGGUUGGGAGUCGCUGCUCUUCGAUCCAACUUUGAGCGAAUCAAACGCGCCAACUCUCACACCGCUGGAGACGUUGCAAAGAUUCAGGAUAAGCCACCGCCUCCUCCGUUUUAUUCCAACAUGGAGUUCCACCAUGACAGGGGUCUGGUAAGGGUCAACGAGAGAGAGGUGUCUGAUAAGAUUAGCUCAUUGGGCACCCAGGCCUUGCAGAUGGAAAGGAAAAGGUCCUUACAUUCCUUACCAGGCAACUUGGCCACCGCUGCUGGAGAUCUUCGUCCCAAACCUGUUUACAGAGGACGAUCUACAGAAAGCACUUGUGGAUAUGAUGCCGAAGGGGAGGAUGGGGAACCCACUGCGAGACAUUUAGGAAGAGCAAAUGGGGGUAAACCGCCACCCCCGCCCUGGCAGCCCACAGAUUUCCAAGCCUACUCGAGUGUCUAUGUAGGUGGAGUUAUGAUGGGUGAAGGUGGCAGUGAUGGCAGAGGUGGUGUAGGUGUGGGCGGUGUUUCCAUGAGGGACCAAAGUACUCAAGAAGACCACCUGCUUACCUGGCCCCGCCGAUCAUACUCCCCUGGAAGCUUCGAGGACGUAGGAGGGGGCGGCGGCUACACUCCGGACUGCAGCUCCAAUGAGAACCUGACGUCCAGCGAGGAAGACUUCUCCUCGGGACAGUCCAGCCACGUAUCCCCCAGCCCCACCACAGCCUUUCGUCGGCCCUUUAGGGAAAAGAGCCGCUCGCCUUCGCAGAACUCUCAGAACUCCCAGCACUCUUUCGACAGCAGCAGCCCGCCCACGCCGCAAUCCCAGAAGAGGCAUCAUCACAGGCAGCACGGGGGUCCUGUGGUCAUGUCGGAGGCCACCAUUGUCAGUGUGCGCAAGACGGGACAGAUCUGGCCCCCUCCCUCCCACCAUGACCUCAUGCCCCACGGUAGAGCCUCGCAUGACAACAGUUUCCAUGGAGACCACCUAGGUGGGCCUGAGUGCAGAGAACACUGGAGCCCACGCAAAGACCUGCAGUGCUGGUUUUCACUCCUGAGUGGGAAGGGAAAUGAGCUUAGAUUUCACUGGGGCAGUUUGUUGUGGCAAAACCUGUUGCAAUGA